AUGCUAGGUGAGGCGAUAGCUCGGGGGAAGCCCAUCGCCCCGGCGUCGAGUGCUUUCCCCCUCGGCGGGUGUGCCAGUCAGUCUGCUGAUAGGGACUUCAAUGUCCGAGGAAUUCCUCAAUCUCAAGGCCCGUUUGGAGCUGAGUUUCGUCGGUUUUCACUGGAAAGGUCCAAGCCUGGAAAAUUUGAGGAGUUUUAUGGCCUGCUGCAACAUGUUCACAAGAUUCCCAACGUUGAUGUGCUGGUGGGUUACGCAGACAUCCAUGGGGACCUGCUGCCCAUAAACAAUGACGACAACUACCACAAGGCGGUCUCCACCGCCAAUCCGCUGCUCAGGAUCUUUAUACAGAAGAAGGAAGAAGCUGACUACAGUGCCUUUGGUACAGACACCCUCAUCAGGAAGAAGAACGUGCUGAGCAACGUGCUGCGUCCCGACAACCACAGGAAGAAGCCGCACAUCGUCAUCAGCAUGCCCCAGGACUUCCGGCCGGUGUCGUCCAUCAUAGAUGUGGACAUCCUCCCGGAGACCCACCGGAGGGUCCGGCUGUACAAGUAUGGCACGGAGAAGCCGCUGGGCUUCUACAUCCGAGAUGGCUCCAGUGUCCGGGUGACACCACAUGGCUUAGAGAAAGUCCCCGGGAUCUUCAUAUCCCGGCUGGUCCCCGGGGGUCUGGCCCAGAGCACGGGACUGCUAGCUGUCAAUGAUGAGGUUUUAGAAGUAAACGGUAUAGAGGUGUCGGGGAAGAGCCUGGACCAAGUGACCGACAUGAUGAUAGCCAACAGCCGCAACCUCAUCAUCACCGUGCGGCCAGCUAACCAGAGGAACAACGUGGUGAGGAACAGUCGGACUUCCGGCAGCUCCAGCCAGUCCACCGACAAUAGCCUCCUGGGCUACCCACAGCAAGUGGAAGCCAGCUUUGAGCCAGAGGACCAGGACAGCGAUGAGGACGACAUCAUCAUUGAAGACAGUGGCGAGCCACAGCAGAUCCCAAAGGCUGCCCCGGAUGCCCAGAGCCUGGAGUCCCUGACGCAGAUAGAGCUCAGUUUUGAGGCGGGGCAGAAUGGGUUCUCCCCUCCACAGGACCCGGUGCCUGUUCCCAGCAACCUGGACACAGAGUUUGGACCCCGUGCUCCGGACCAGAGGCUCUUAGAGGAAGAUGGAACGAUCAUAACGUUGUGAGCAUGCUGAGUCACGUGUGUUUUCCAAGUGCUGUAAAUGUGGCACAAGACUGACACUGUGGCCCUCCGGGCCUCUGUUCCACCUGCGAUUCUAAAGUGUGGCUGGGAUGGGGCGGCUGCCACGGACUGCGACAAUGUAGGUGUGAGGCCUUUGCUGCUCUCUGCAACACUGGCUGCUGCUCCUGCCGGAGUCCGUGUUUCUACGGCCCUGCAGAGCCGUUCGCUUGUGCUCUGUGAAGUCUGAUGUCUCCUUGGUCUGUUGGGAACCUCACUCAGUUCUCAGGUUCCCAACAGUGAUAUAUUCUGACUUUUAGCAAUGUUCCUCUGUUAAUCGUGACAAAUUAUUUUUUCAUGUGCAGUUUUUAUUGUUUUCCUGUUUUCCAAGACUUUAACUAGCUGGUCAUGUUUAGGGGUGCUUCCCACUACCCCGCCCUGGAGCACCCCCAUUGUUGUCUCCAUCCUGUAGCUUCAGAGUUGCAGGGUGCCUCAGUCCUACUGACUGCCCUUUAGCCUGUUAACUUCCUUACCCCCAAUCCAGUGGAGAUUGUUCGUGUGUGUGUGUGUGUGUGUGUGUGUGUGUGUGUGUGUGUGUGUGUGUGUA